AUGGCGUGUCGCGGUCUCUGCUGCUGUUCCUCGCCCGGCUUUGGCAUCUUCACCGAAGACACUGCCCGGGUUCUGCUCCUGGCCGCCCUGAGUAUUCUGUACAUGGGCUGCGGAGCUGCCAUCUUCUCCGCUAUAGAGCGGCCCUCUGAGCUGGAAGCCUUUCAGAAGUGGCAGACGACGCUUGAAAACUUCUCCCAGAAGUACAACCUGGCCUUGGCGGAGCUGCGGGAUUUUCUGUUGGAGUACGAGGCGGCCCACCUGGCCGGUAUCCGAGUAAACAAAACGCGGCCUCGAUGGGACUUAGUGGGGGCCUUUUAUUUCGUAGGCACCGUGGUCUCUACUAUAGGAUUCGGCACAACCACACCAACUACCAGAACAGGCAAACUUUUUCUGAUAUUUUAUGGCCUCAUUGGCUGUGCAGGGACCAUAUUAUUCUUCAACUUAUUCCUGGAGCGUCUGAUCACAAUCAUAACAUGUGUUAUGAAGUCUUACCAUAAGAAGCAACUAAAGCGAAAAGGUACACAUCCUGGAAACGUCCAGCAGGCUGUUGGGAAUGAUGAACUGGGCAGCUUAGCUGGAUGGAAGCCCUCUGUGUAUUAUGUCAUGCUUAUCUUGUGCCUGGCAUCAGUCAUUAUUUCCUGUAGUGCCUCUGCUAUGUACUCAGCAACAGAAGGAUGGAGUUAUGUUGACUCCCUCUAUUUUUGCUUUGUGGCCUUCAGUACUAUUGGUUUUGGUGACCUGGUGAGUGGUCGGAAUACAUACUACAAAAAUCAGCAGCUUUACCAGUUUGGCAAUUGUGUCUUUAUACUCAUGGGGGUAUGUUGUAUCUAUUCCUUAUUUAAUGUGAUCUCCAUUGUCAUCAAACAAUUCUUAAACUGGAUAUUAAAGAAAAUGGGCAACACAUGCCAUAAGUGCCGAAGAAAACUCUUCAGGUCACGGAGGAAUGUUGUGAUGCCAGGGACUGUGCGGAGCCAGCGCAACAUAUCAAUUGAGUCAGAUGGUGUCCUUGAGAGUGACACAGAAGGACACAGAAUAUCUGGUGAAAUGAUCUCCAUGAAAGACCUCUUAGCCUCUAACAAAGUAUCACUUGCCAUCAUGCAAAAACAGUUGUCUGAAAUUCCCUCUUGUCAUGGACCACCAGGUCCAACUUCUAUACACAAUGGAUUUGCAGGUAGUGUAGGUGCUUUGGGAAUUAUGAACAACAGGUUGGCAGAGACAAGUACUGAUUGGUAA